GCUUGAUUUGUCUUCUCUACCCCCUCUUCAUAGGUUCCUUAAAACUGUGCUAUGAAUGGUGAUUCUGGAGUGGGGGUGGUGACUUCACCACCCCCGACAACAGCCCCUCAUAAGGAGAGGUAUUUUGAUCGAGUUGAUGAAAAUAAUCCAGAGUAUUUGAGAGAGAGGAAUAUGGCACCUGACCUUCGCCAGGAUUUUAACAUGAUGGAACAGAAGAAGAGAGUCUCCAUGAUUCUUCAAAGCCCAGCUUUUUGUGAAGAACUGGAAUCUAUGAUCCAGGAGCAAUUUAAGAAGGGGAAGAACCCAACAGGCUUACUGGCUUUACAACAGAUUGCGGAUUUCAUGACAACGCAUGUACCAAAUGUCUACCCUGCAGCACCACAAGGCGGAAUGGCUGCCUUAAACAUGAGUCUUGGCAUGGUGACACCAGUGAACGAUCUGAGAGGGUCAGAUUCCAUUGCCUAUGAAAAAGGGGAGAAGUUGUUACGAUGUAAAUUAGCAGCUUUCUACAGAUUAGCAGAUCUCUUUGGCUGGUCUCAGCUUAUUUACAAUCAUAUAACAGCCAGAGUAAAUUCUGAGCAGGAGCACUUCCUCAUUGUACCUUUUGGACUUCUCUACAGUGAAGUUACUGCAUCCAGUCUGGUUAAAAUCAACAUUCAGGGAGAUGUAGUUGAUCGUGGAAGCACUAACCUGGGAGUAAACCAAGCUGGUUUUACUUUGCACUCCGCAAUUUAUGCAGCUCGACCCGAUGUUAAAUGCAUCGUUCACAUUCAUACGCCAGCAGGGGCAGCGGUGUCUGCAAUGAAGUGUGGUCUCUUGCCAAUUUCACCAGAAGCACUUUCUCUAGGGGAAGUAGCUUAUCAUGACUACCAUGGUAUUUUAGUGGAUGAUGAAGAAAAGGUGGUGAUUCAGAAAAAUUUGGGGCCUAAAAGCAAGGUCCUUAUUCUCAGAAAUCAUGGCUUAGUAUCAGUUGGAGAGACUGUUGAGGAGGCUUUCUACUAUAUUCAUAAUCUAGUGCUUGCCUGUGAGAUUCAAGUACGUACCCUGGCCAGUGCAGGUGGACCUGACAAUUUAGUGCUUCUGGAUCCUGGAAAGUAUAAAGCCAAGUCUCGUUCCCCUGAGUCUCCAGCAGGUGAGGGUACUGUAUCCCAUCCGAAAUGGCAGAUUGGCGAACAGGAAUUUGAAGCUCUUAUGCGAAUGCUUGAUAAUCUGGGUUACAGAACCGGCUAUCCGUAUCGAUGCCCUGCUCUGAGAGAGAAGUCUAAAAAGUACAGCGAUGUUGAGAUUCCAGCUAGUGUCACAGGUUACUCCUUUACUAGUGAUGGCGAAUCAGGCAUUUGCUCCCCCCUCAGACACAGUUUUCAGAAACAGCAGCGAGAGAAGACAAGGUGGCUGAACUCUGGCCGAGGGGAUGAUGCUUCUGAAGAAGGGCAGAAUGGCAGCAGUCCCAAGUCGAAGACUAAGGUGUGGACGAACAUUACACACGAUCACGUGAAACCCUUGCUGCAGUCUCUCUCGUCCGGUGUCUGCGUGCCAAGCUGUAUUACCAACUGCUUGUGGACUAAAGAGGAUGGACAUAGAACUGCCACCUCUGCUGUCCCUAACCUGUUUGUUCCACUGAACACCAAUCCAAAGGAGGUCCAAGAAAUGAGGAACAAGAUCCGAGAGCAAAACUUACAAGAUAUUAAAACUGCAGGCCCUCAGUCCCAGGUUCUUUCUGGGGUAGUUGUGGACAGAAGUCUUGUACAGGGAGAACUGGUGACUGCGUCAAAGGCAAUAAUCGAGAAGGAGUAUCAACCCAAAGUCAUAGUGAGCACAACAGGACCAAAUCCCUUCAAUAAACUCACUGAUCGAGAACUGGAAGAGUAUCGCAAAGAAGUAGAAAGAAAGCAGAAGGGCCCAGAAGAACCUUCAGAAGAUGGCAGGCCACAGAAAGAGAGAAGUCCCCCUGAUCUCACUUCAGCUCGCACUCCUCCCAGCACGCCGAUUAAAAUAGAGGAAGAGAGACAGCAGGACCAGACUUACAAAGAUGACAGUGACGCUGCAACUUUCAAGCAAACCCUCCCAGAUCUCACCCCUGACGAGCCUUCAGAAGCACUCAGCUUCCCUCCCUUGGGGAAGGAGGAAGGGAGGUGUGAGGAAGAUGUGCCCAAAAGCCAAACGGAAUCACCUGCAGUGGAAAACAAGGAACCCCAGCCCCAACCUGCUGAAGAGCCAGUGACACCAACCACGGAGGAGGGGCCGGCAGCCGAUGCAGGUAGUGAUGAAUCUCCAGGGAAGUCCCCAUCGAAAAAGAAAAAGAAGUUUCGCACUCCUUCCUUCCUGAAGAAGAGCAAAAAGAAGAGUGACUCCUAAAGGCCAAACACACUGCAGAAACACUGUCAUAUUCCCAACUCCAUUAACCACUAGAAUGUACCAGAUCGUACCGAGUGUUUUGUCGUACUAUGUAAAUGAAUGCAACAAGUAACCCAACCAGCCCCUCGAGUUAUGGCUUGAUUGUUUGAGGUUAUAACCAGAAACUAAUGGCCAAAAAGGUGCUAAUCCCGUGUUUUCAGCAGCUACCGCAGAUCUGAUCCUGAAUUUGGAAUCAAAUGUGAAUGACUUCCAUGUGGAAGGCAUUGAACCGCUAUUUUUGAUUUAAAGCCUGCGCUGCUUUACAAAAGAAUUAAAAAGAUGUUCACAAUUAGAAAUAAACCACACAUGGCUUACCA